AUGCCAUCCUCAGAAGUUUCCAACAAGGCCUUCAAUGAGGUAACCGCCGGCGUGCUCCAAAUUUUGGCAAGAGCCUUGCAGUCGAGCGAAGGUCCCGCCGGCCACCUGAACAUGGCCACAGAGAUGGCAAACAUCAUGACUCCGGCAUUUCAAACUCAUGCACGGUCGGCGACUGAAAUCCCGCCGAUCUUGCUUUCGGCGGCCAUGGAAUUAAUGGAGCAUUUUAACGACUCUCGCAUCGAGCGCCAUCAGUUAUAUGGCAAGGCUCACAAGGUAAUUACUGCAUCGGCCCCAGCGCCAAUGUCACAACCUCCAGAUACACCACCGGUCGAGGCGACCACAAAUACACCAGCGGUCCCUUCAGUGGUAGCAAAGUCCAAGCCACCCGGAAGAUCUGUCACGCGGAAGACGCCGAUAGACUUGUGUGAGGACAGUGACGAAGUCGAAAUUGUUGGGGAUAUCACCGAAAGCGAUGCUCUCCAGAAGAGGAAGCGGAGGUCUACUGGUGCAUCCGAAGAGGUCGCCGUGUGCCAUGAAGACAAGGUCAUCGCGCCGGCGCUUGUAGACAAAGCUGAGGAUGUCGCCCCAGGCAAUACGAAUACAACGCCGACUAGACCAAGGCCAAAGCUGAAAAGCAAGCGGGUGGAGAUAGUAGUCUCGUCUGGGUCUGAGGUCCCAACGGAUAGGAAAGGGAAGGGAAGGGAAGUUACGUUGCCGUCAGAGACACACCAGCGGGACCGUGAGCGGAAGAAGUCUAGAGAUGUGAGUUCUGGCAGGCCGCCGAAAAAGGCCUCUAACCAUCCUCCGCCGAUGCGAAACGCUGGUGAUCAACGGAAACCAUGGUAUGAGGUUCAGAAAAGGGCCAGCACUAGGACUGCCACACGUGACUGGCAACAAAGUGAAGCUAUGUUGGCGGAACAAAAGGCAAUGGUCGCCCCUGAGCCUGUGGGUUCCAGGAGCACGGCGAUGCAGGCUGAUGUCAAUGCUGUAAGCUCCCAAAAUGCCUUAAGUCUUCCUCCAUCUUAUUCGGUAAAGAACACUCCCAUCGCCACAAUUCCACUCACGCUGCCUCCUUGUCCAACUCAAUCGCCUCCGUCAUUCGCCAAAGAAAUGGAAGUUGACGCGUCCGGUGACACGGUUGCAAAGGAUUUGCAGGCCAUGACACUAGAGGUGAAACUUGAUUCGGUGUUGCCCCUCACGGCGGUUCAGGACACCAUCAAUGACCUUCAGACUCAGGUGGCCGACAUCCGAACUCGGAACGCCAAGAUGGCCGAGUUAGUUCAAAUCAUGAACGGGCGCCUUGCUGCUCAGGAUACUGACAUCCGAGCUAUGGAGAAAAUGCGUGCCGAGAUCGCCGGAUUGCAAGAGGAGGUGAAGGCCUUGCAUGCCGAAUCUCAGACACGUGAGGCUCAGAUCCGGAGCGCUGAUGCAAUGUUGACUGCACAAGGACAUCGUACCGCCGUCCUGAUGGAUGCCUAUGAGUCCAUCCGGCAACGUGUUGUCCCCAACCCACCCGUACCUCAUUUUAAUAAUGCUGUGUUCUUCCCCCCGCCGGUCAUCCAGUCCCAUACAGUCAAGGCAUGA